AUGUAUAAUCAAGUUUGCGUACGCCAGCCCGAUCAAAGCUUCAAACGUUUCUUGUGGCGGAGACCCGGCAGCUCAGAAGCACCGAAAACCUACCAAAUGAUGGUUCAGAGAUUUGGGUUAAUUUCGUCUCCAACGUCAUGUUUGUAUGCGCUACAGCACGCUGCAAAUAAUCACGACAAAUUCCGGUACGUAGGAGAAAUUAUAAAUAAAAGUUUCUACGUUGACAACUAUAUUGACUCGUUCGAGACGGAGGAGCUCGCUAUAGAGACGGUUGCUCAAGUAACAAAAGUGUUAGCGGAUGGAGGAUUUAGGCUCAACCAAUGGGUCUCAUCGUCACGGGCAGUCCUUUCUUCGAUACCUGCAAGUGAAAGAGUACACCAAACUUUGAAUUUGGAUCUGGAUGACCUACCAGUUGAGCGCUCACUUGGUGUUUUGUGGGAUUGCCAACACGACUGCUUCAAAAUCGCGACCCGACAGACAGGAACAGCCCUAACGAAGCGAGAAAUGCUGGCAGAAAUAGCCAAAAUAUUCGACCCAUUAGAAUUUCUCCUUCCCAUCACGACGUACGCCAAGGUAUUGUUCCAACAAGUAUGGAAGAUAACGCGCCAAAAACCGAGUGAUUUGUCAAAACGGGAACCGCUUCAAUGGGAUGAGAUGCUGCCCGAUCAGAUGGUCAAGAAAUGGGGCCUUUGGAGAUCGGAGUUGUCGCAUUUAGAAGACGUUCGUGUGCCGAGAUGCUUCCGUGAUCAACGAUUCCCACUAUCAACUACCCGUUUCAAGCUACAUGUUUUUUGCGACGCAUCAGAAGUUGCAUUUGGGGCAUGCUGUUAUUUACGGCUGGAGUGUGAAGCAAAUUUCGACGUCAAGUUUGUAUAUGCCAAGUCAAGAGUUGCACCGAUAAAAACUUUAUCGAUCCCACGUUUAGAAUUACAAGCGGCCGUGUUGGCGACCCGGAUUGCCGUAUCCGUGAAGAAAGAAUUGAGACUGCCAAUCAAUUCAACCCUGUUUUUGACCGACUCGGAGGUAGUGUUAAAGUGGGUAAAAUCAGAGCAGCAGCGUUAUUCGCAAUUUGUUCACCACCGGAUUUACGAAAUCACGGAGACAUCCAGCAAUGAAGAAUGGAGAUUCAUAAGUGGGCGCGAAAACCCAGCCGAGUAUUGUAGCCAUGGCCUUCGCCCAACGCAGCUGGACAAUCAACACCGAUGGUUUGAUGGUCCACUCUUUUUACAGAGGCCAGUCAGUCAAUGGGCCCAUCUUGACCAACGGCAAGAGCCAACAGCAGAAGAUCUAGAGGUGAUGAAGGAAAGGGCCGUCUUAUAA